GGACAAAUUCAUCGCCGCCUUAAAGCCCAAAGAAUCGGCGCGGAAAGUACCAAUGUAAUAUAAAUUCUUUUAUUUUUUAAAUUUAUUUUCAAAUUAUUCAAUUUUGUCAUUUCUGCUCCUCCCCUGCCGCCCGCCGGAAUUUUCCAUGUCUAUCCGGUGAAAGAACCAACUUCAUAAUCUCGCCCUUGCCGGUGGCAGUUUCUGUUUGGUUUCCGGUGAAUUGAAAUGACUCUGCAAUGACCCAGACCCGAUUCUUCAGAACUCGCAAUUCCAAAUCGGACAAAGAAGCAGAACCCACCACAAGCAGUGGCGGAGGAGCCGCCAUGAGAGUCAUAGUGCCUCUGCAAGGCGUCGUUCAAGGAAGAGGUGGCGUCGUUUUGGGCUCUGUUAUACCUUGCGUUCUCUUCUACUUUCUUCAGCUAUACUUGAAACGGAACCGGUCCGACCCCACCCGGGACCCUCCUUCUUCACCGGAAGUGGAUUCUUCGGGGGACUCUUCGCCGUCGUCUAGUAAUCAGUUCGUGGAGCUCUCUGUACUGCCUCGAACAUUGUCUCGGAAUUUUCUCUCGCCGAGGUCGUCUGGGCCGGUUUGCGUUUCGGGUCGGGCUAAUUCGAUUUCUAGAGUUGGGGAUUCUUCGAUUUUCGUUGGAAUGAGAAGGUUCUUGGAGGACUCAUUUGAUGAAUUGGAUAAUCCGACGGGGAUUAUUCAGCUUUCUGUUGCUGAGAAUAAGUUAUCCUCGGACUUGGUGCAAAAUUGGCUAACGGAGAAUGGAAGAGAUGCUAUAUUAGGGGUGAAUCACAAUGAGCUGAGUGUAGCUGGGACUGUUUGUUAUCAGCCUUCAGAUGGAUUGAAGGAUUUGAAACUGGCUGUAGCAAGUUUCAUGUCUCAAGUUGUAGGGAACUCUGUUUCAUUCAACCCUUCCCAGUUAGUAUUUACGACCGGAGUGACCUCUGCAAUCGAAACUCUUUGCUUUUGCAUAGCAGACCCAGGGAAUGCAUUUCUUGUUCCUACGCCAUAUUACCCUGGCCUUGACAAUGAUGUAAAAUGGCGAACUGGGGUGGAGAUAGUACCCGUUCCCUGCCGCAGUGCCGAUAACUUCAGUUUAAGCAUAACUUCUCUUGAUCGAGCAUUCCACCAGGCAAGGAAUCGUGGCCUUAAAGUUCGUGGAAUUAUUAUCUCAAAUCCCUCAAUUCCCGUUGGAAAUCAACUAAAUAGAGAAACACUCUACGACCUUCUAGACUUUGCCAGGGAGAAAAACAUCCAUAUCAUAUCAAAUGAAAUAUUUGUAGGAUCAACCUAUGGAAGUGAAGAGUUUGUGAGCAUGGCUGAAAUGAUCAAUUUAGAAGACAAUGACCGAGACAGAGUUCAUAUUACAUAUGGCCUAUCUGAAGACAUGUCACUUCCUGGUUUUAGGGUUGCUGCAAUCUACUCUUUAAAUGAGAAUAUCCUGGCUGCUGCUCGAAAACUGGCAAGGUUCUCAUCUGUUUCUGCCAUAACCCAGAACCUGCUUUCCUCUAUGCUUUCAGAUACGCAAUUCAUUCAGAGGUUCAUUCGGACCAAUCGAGAGAGGCUUGGAGAAAUGAAUAGUAAAUUCACUGCAGGGCUGAAGGAACUCGACAUCAAAUGUGCAAAGAGCAAUGGUGGUUUCUACUGCUGGGCGGAUAUGAGCAAGUUAAUCCGUUCUUACAGCGAGAAAGGGGAACUUGAGCUCUGGGAAAAGUUGUUGGAUAUAGGUAAAGUUAGUGUUACCCCUGGCUCUUGUUGUAAUUGUAUUGAACCGGGAUGGUUUGGAUUCUGUUUUACAGCUUUGAUAGAUAAAGAAAUACCAAUUGUUAUGGACCGAAUUCGGAGAAUUUCCGAAGCUUGUAAAUCUUAUACUUGAAAUGCAAUUAUUGUUCUGUAGAUA